AACGGGAGUCCCGAGAACAUGAGGAGCCAACCACAUCGGAGAUGACAGAGGAAACCUACCCACCCAAGUCCUACCGGCCGAAGCACGGGCGCCUCUCCGAGCUGAAGGCUGAGGCCCUGAAGAAGGAUCGCCGGAAGAAGUUGACCCUGGCCAAGUUCGUGGGCAUGGCAGAGAACACGGCGCACCCCCGUGUCGUCAUCCCUGAGCUCCGGCAAGAGUUUGAGCUGGCCCCCUGCCGCAGGCACAUGGAGGCAUCCCUGCAGGAGCUCAAGAGCAGCCAGCGGAUGGUCCCCCGCGCUGUCCACCUCCCCAACUGCGACCGAAAGGGCUUUUACAAGAGGAAGCAGUGCAAGCCCUCCCGAGGCCGGAAGCGUGGGUUGUGUUGGUGCGUGGACAAAUACGGCAUGAAGCUGCCGGGGACUGACUACCUGAGCGGAGACCUGCAGUGCCAUGCGUUUGACAGCAGCAACGUGGAGUGAAGUCGCAUCCCCUCCC